CGAAUUUUUGGAAGGAUGGCAACAAAAUUGCUGCUCAAGGUUUUGAAAUUCAUCAAAAUGAUGGGAAUGCGGACAAAUAUAUUCAAUGAGAAUUUUCUGAACGAAACGGAUCAGGAUGCGAAUUCUGUGUUGAUAGAACUAGAUAAAGGUUUAAGAUCAACUAAAACCGGUGAGCAAUGCGAAGCGAUCAUCCGAUUUCCAAAACUUUUUGAAAAGUAUCCGUUUCCCAUUUUGAUAAAUUCUUCGUUUUUGAAACUUGCAGAGUUCUUUCGUAUAGGUUCCAAUUUAUCCCGGUUAUGGGUAUUGCGAGUUUGCCAACAGAGCGAAAAACAUCUGGAGAAAAUAUUGAAUGUCGACGAGUUCGUCAAACGCAUAUUUAUGGUAAUCCAUUCCAAUGAUCCUGUGGCUCGGGCACUCACAUUAAGAACCCUCGGAGCAGUGGCAUGUGUUAUUCCCGAAAAGCAACAGGUUCAUCAUGCCAUACGCAACGCUCUGGACAGCCACGAUACCGUUGAAGUUGAAGCUGCCAUCUAUGCAAGUGUGCAAUUUGCCGCCCAAUCUAAGUCGUUCGCCAUUGGAAUGUGCUCGAAAGUAGCAUCUAUGAUUGAAUCUCUGCAGACUCCUGUUAGUAUGAAGAUAUUAUUAAUACCAGUGCUGCGUCACAUGCACCAUGAUGCCAACACGGCAGCGCUCGUGAGGACCCUAUGCCACAAUUUACUACCAAAGUAUCCUUCGGAACAUUUUGUAAUCGCUAUUAUACAAUCUUUGUCGCAUCUAUCUUAUGCAACAUCUGUCGAUAUUCCUGAUCAAGUGGAUCUACUUUUAGUUUAUCUGAAAGAUCCACGCAAGAAGGUACAACAAGCGGUUCUGCAGUCAUUAAACAAGUUAGCUGGAAAAGGAGCUUAUCUAUGGCCUAAAAGUGCCAUCAAUAAACUGUUGACCUUAACUAUGCAAUGUAGUUACACUAAUAUGGCACUAAAUGUAGUCAUAACACUUACUGGCUGCCCAGCAACUUGCCACACAAUGCUAAACGAAGAGCGCAAUCAAAUAUUAGAAAUGUGCAAAAGUUGUUUGUUGUUGGAGCACAACGUUGGUGGAAAAGCCCUAACCAUUUUAACAAAAUUGGUGUCAUAUUGCUGCACGGAAAACAUCGCUCCACCUACUUGUUUUAUAGAGCACCUUAACAUGAACUUGGAAUACUUGAUUCAUUCGGCGUUGCACAACAAAGCUCCUUUGAAGGACUUUCGUAUUUAUCUAAGAUGCGGCAUUCAGCUUUCGAAAGUGAAUCAGACGUUUGGCGAGAAUUUUGCGGAAACCAUUGCUGAACUUCUCGUCGAAAAUUCAGCUUAUUCGGCCUGUCAUCUUAAACUUAUAUGCGAAGCGCUUGGUGCAAUUUGUUCCAAUUUUACCACCAACUAUGAAGCAAGCCAGCCGCAAAAUGUCAGCAAUUCGAAGCACCCUUUCCAAGCCAUUUUAUUGCCUAUUCUGAAGAAACUGGAAUCAUACACCGAAUUGUCAACGCUAGAUCGGUACGAAACUACCAUUGUUGAACUGCUGGCGUCCAUCUGCCUGCAGGCGGUAUUAGGAUCGUUUAUGCCGUAUCGACUUAUGAAAGCAUUCAACAAUUUGUUAAGAAUUUGCAACUAUUGGACCCAGUAUCGGAUUGCCCGAUCAGCCUCAAGAUAUGGACAACACUUCCUCGCAGCGAUCAUUUAUCUGAAACUAUCAAAGCACGUGUCACAUGAAAAGCUUAACUUCUAUUUGAUAGCAAUGAGCCAAAUUUCAAAAGCUGAAUGUGUCUUAAACCAUGGAUUGCUCUAUGAGCAAUUGAUACAAACUUUUCCGGAAAAUGUCCAGAUUGAUGUUCCGCAACUUUCUCUGCUCGAUCGUCUUGACAGGGCUAUCAACUUGUAUUGUAUGGCGUUAUCGACACUGAAGGCAACAUCGUCUCCUCAGCAUCCUAUGACGUUCCAGUCUGAAGUUGUGAAUCUACGUUGCCAGUUUCUGCAAGUGUUGCAUAGUAUCGUUGUUUCGAGGAACACCUUAUGCAUAACACCACCAUCGGCGAUUUCCAGCACAUUGGCGCAAAAUUUGAGGGAUCCGCUACAAAAAUUUGGUCAUGUGACUAAUCAUUUGCGGAAAGACAUCAAGAUCCUCAAAUCAUGCGAGGAAGCUUACGCCAAGCUGUACAAAAGUUCGUUCGAUGCAGACCCCUGUACUCUGGAGUACCUUAAUACGUUGCAAUAUUUAUGUUCUAUACUACAGUCAUCAAUUGAGACAAUUUCCUUUACAACACCUACUGAAACGUUCAAGCAUCCUCCGAGCUGCACAUAUCCGGAAACAAAAUAUUUGCUCCACAUUUGCCAAACAGUGUCCAAGCAGCUGCAAACGUUGCCGAAUGAAAUUGGGUCAACGAAAUCGAUUACAAACAAACAUAUGGACGUGCUGCUUAAACAGGUUGAAAUAGUGAUAAAAUCUUCGCUUUGUGUCCCUAGAUUCUUCUUUCAAGUUUUACAAAAUACUUCAGUGAAGCUGGCGCUCACCCCUCAACCACGCAUCUCCGGUGAGCCUAUAUUUGUGCAACCAAAUAGUAAUCUAGUCGUCAAAGUAGAAGGUGUUAUUCAACAUUACGGCAAAAAACCGUCUCUGUUCCGUUCAAUUGAUUCCAUUCAAUUGACUCUAUCAUCACAGCUUAUGACGGCUAGAUUGAAUGAUGUGAAGGUUAGUUCAGACAACCUCGUGUUAACCCAAAUUGUCAAGCCACAUCGAGAUUUCCUAAGCGGAAACUUUUUACUAUCAUUGCAAAACACCAUACAACCUUACCCUGGGUCAUCUGUUUCGGUUGGAGGUCAAUGGCAAGUCACAUUGGAAGCGUGUGUCAUUGAUCAAAAUGGUAUUAUUUGGGCUACAGGGCCAAAGAGCAUACUGCACGUGCGUAUUCCAGAUGACAACCUAAAACAGGGCAUUACUAUUCAAUCUACAACACGUCGUUUCUAAAAAUCUUAUUCACAUGAAGAUGUAUGAGCCUUAUACUAAUUAUGUUAAUGCUUACGGUGAAACGGCUGUUCGAUGGAGGAGUAAGGGAUUGGAAAAACCCUUCCGUAAUUAGUGCUGCAUCUUCUGAGCAAUUCGAAUUGCUUUUAUGUAAAAUAUAGUUUUGAUAGCUUUACAUUUAAAUUUGAUGAGAUCACUAUUUCUGGAUUGAAGCUAAUGUACUCAUUUUUUAAAACACAGAAAUGGAACCCUACAUUGAAUUGAACGUUAGAAAAAAUGAAGAAUUAGGCCCGAAUUACCUGUUCGGUAGACUAAUAUUUAAGCAUAUUAUUAAUAAUGGACGACAUACCCUGUGUAUUUUAGGAUUCUAUGACACUAACCCGAACGUCGCUGCCCACUGCCCCCGAAAAUCAUAUAAAUAUAUUACACAAUAAUUUUAAUUAUUACUUUUGUAUAUGCUAACAAUUAUCCUAAUAUUUAAGCCGGGAAUGCUCGGGAUAAUGCGAAAGAGCGAAUGCCAGAGACCAACAAAGAGAAUGAAAGCACGACCUUGGCUUCACGACCUUCACGAGAAAUUUGCGAAAACGUGAUGUGACUUUCAGUAUAAGAUAUUUUUUCUUUUUCUUUAAUACAUGUCCUGUCUAUGGAACGGAUAUUAAUAUCUUCAGCAACAAUUAUUGUCAGAUCUUCUGGGUAUGAUACACUGCGCGGCGUUUGUAAUGUUCCUAAAUGGGUACUUGCACAAAACUUCACGCGGCGAAUGACUGUCGAAAGGUGCGGGCGCGCCAAACGAUACACCGCAAUGCAAUUCACCCAUAAGAAUCAAGUAAACGGGAUGCAGAAAGCGCGGCGGUACCUUUCCUGAAGGGUACGCCGCGUGCAAUUUUGAGAAAAUCAGGCAAUAAUGUUAAUGCGCUAAGUACAAUACACGCACUUACCCGGGACAAGGCGAGAGAGUAAAUUACUUUUUUACACUUGCCCGGAAUAUGAUGGGAGAGUAAAUGUCACCUUCUUGUAAAGCGUGCUUGCCCAGAAUAAUGCGAGGGAUUGAAUGCCUCCUUCUUUUGAAGCACGCAUCUGUCCGGAAAAAGGAAGGAGAAUGAAUGACACCUUCUUUUAAAGCACGCUCUUGCCUGGAAUAAUGCGAAAGAAUGAAUUUCUCCUUCUUUUAAAGCACGCAUCUGCCCGGUAUAAGAUGGGAGAGUAAAUGACACCCUUUGGAACACGUGCUUGCCCAGAAUAAAGAGGCCUGCACAUAGGAUACGUUUGCGUUGCGUUUGACACAUUUCAUAUGGGAAAACUCAAACACAACACCUAACGAAUCCUAUGUGCGAGGCUCUUAAUGCGAAACAGUGAACACCUCCUCCUUUCAAAACACACAUUUGCCCGAACUAAUGCGAAAGAGUAAAUGACACCCUCUUUGAAAGCAUCCGCUUCUCCGGAAUAAUGCUUCCUUAUUUAAAACUAAUGCUUCCUUCUUUAAAAGCACGCAUCUGCCCGAAAUAAAGUGGGGGAGUAAAUGAUACCUUUUUGAAGCACGCACUUGCCCGGAAUAAAGCGAAAGAGUUAAUGCCUCCUUCUUUUAAAGCACGCAUUUGCCCGGAAUAAGGUGGAAGAGUAAAUACCGUCGUGCGGGGCUUCUUUUGAUUACAGGGGCUACUUUGGAUUUUAAAUUUUCUGAAAAAAUUAAACGAAAUAAAUACAAAAUUUGAAACAGAAAGCUGCCAUCCAACUAUCAACAAUACACCUGAAUGGUGAUAAUGGAAAUUUGAUAGUAAUUUACGUUAUAAUUCUUGUUUUAAAAUGUCCAAAGUAGCCCCCGAUUUGUCAAAAGAAGUCCCGCACGACGGUAACUUCUUUAAAGAAACACAUUUGGCCGGGACGCGGCGGAAAAGAAAAUGUUUCCUUCUUUUAAACAACGCGGUAGCCCGGAAUAAGACGGGUGGCGAGACGA